CAGCAGAAGAGCAGACGAUUAAAGUUGUGUAACGACGCGCAUGAAGUUUCAAGAUACCGAGCUUGGGUUAUUUUCCCGUUAUCAGCCGCUGGUUUCUCUUUCAGAUGCAGUAUAUUCGGUGACAGUUUCUGGUGUAUUAAAAACGACAGAUUAAAACAAUGGAGAAUGGGCAAAGCCGCCUCCAUCAGGCACACCAGGAUGUGGAGGAUAUCAAAGGUAUCAUGCUUAAUAACAUAGAAAAGGCUGACGAGCGUGCAGGAAAACUCGGGGAGCUUGAGGACAGAGCUGAUAAACUCCUUGAAAAGAGUGAACAAUUCUCAAAGACCUCGACUAAGGUGAAACAGAAGAAGCGCUGGGAGAAUAUUAAGUACAAAGUGAUCAUAGCAGCAGUUGUAGCUGCAGUGUUCCUCAUCAUUAUUGUAGCUUUGACUGUGAGCUUAAGCAGAGAGGACAGUAAAAACACACUUGAAGACACGUCGGCAAUACAAGGAGAUGGCUAGAAGAUAAGCAGUCAGAUAAGAAGAUGAGUGAACAUAAGUUGUGUUUGAAAUUCUUCAAAAUACCCCCUUGAAAGUCUUGCUUCUAAUACUUUUGUA